ACCCACAUUUCAGGGUGCAAGUCCAAAACCCGAGGCCCUGAGCAGAUGCCUUUUUUGUUUUUUUUUGGAAAGCAUGGAGCAAAACAGCAACUCCCGACCCAUGAACUAAUUUUCGAUGCGUCGUUAAUAUGAAAUAGCAGUUUUUAAAAUAACUUAUAUUCAUCUUAUUACAACAAAAUAAGUUUCCAAGCAACCAUGAGGUUUUAUUAAGCGUCGUAGUUCUCUGCACCGCAUGCAUAACGCAUGAUAUAUUUUUUCGUUUCCUCUAUAUAGCUCUCCAACUUUCUCUCCGGCAAGUCCCGUCACAACUAUCUUCUUCUCCUGCCUCCGUUUCGGGCUUUAGCAAUGCUGCCCUUCCAGAGCAUCGGCGAGGCCGAGGCGGCGCUGGGGAGGAACUUGACGGCAGCGGAGGUGAUGUGGUUCCGGUACUCCGCCGGCAUGCACGACUUCUGGCUCUAUGCCCACAACAUUGCUUUCCUUAUCCUGGUCUACUCCCUGGCGCCGCUCCCCGUCGCCCUCGUCGAGCUCUUCCGCCCCAAAUCCAUCGACAAGUACAAGCUCCAGCCCAAGGUCCGCCACCCCGCCUCCACCGUCCUCCAGUGCUACAAGGACGUCGUUCGUACUUUCAUCCUCGCCGUCGGCCCCCUCCAGCUCUUCUCCUACCCAACCAUCAAGGGGGUGGGGAUAAGGACGGGGCUACCGCUGCCGACGGGGUGGGAGGUGGCGGCGCAGCUGGCGGUGUACUUCCUAGUGGAGGACUACUUCAACUACUGGAUCCACCGGUGGCUGCACGGCAAGUGGGGGUAUGAGAACAUCCACCGGGUGCACCACGAGUUCACGGCGCCGAUCGGGUUCGCCGCGCCCUACGCCCACUGGGCCGAGGUCCUCAUCCUUGGAUUCCCGGCCUUUCUCGGCCCCGCCAUCGUUCCCGGCCACAUCGUCACCUUCUGGCUCUGGAUGGCCCUCCGCCACGUCGAGGCCAUAGAGACGCACUGCGGCUACGACUUCCCCCAAACUCCUACAAAAUAUAUCCCUUUCUAUGGAGGAGCUGAGUACCAUGAUUACCAUCAUUAUGUUGGAGGGCAAAGCCAUAGUAACUUCGCAUCAGUUUUUACCUACUGUGACUAUAUCUAUGGAACAGACAAGGGAUACAGAUAUCAGAAAGAACACCUUGCAAAGUUGAGGGAGAUAUGGAAAACAAAUGACCUAAAUGAAGAAGUGAAUGCUCCAUUGGUCAAGUAUGAAUAAGCAUUGCCUAUGGAAGUUACAUGCAUCGCAACAAUCCUUUUCCAUGUGUGCUUAUGGAUGAAGACGUCGUUCGCAUUACCAGGAUACCAAGCCAUCUUUCUCCAUUCAUGGAGAAAGUUGAGCACGUGCUUAUAUAACGUUAUUUAAUGGAAGCUCCACCGCACUUCUAGAUUAUGUAGAAUAAGCUCUCAUAAUGAGAUUAUGUGAGUGGUGCACAAUGUUCGGUCUUUUCCUCUAUCCUGGUGGUAAGAGCUACUUAACCAUUUUAAGCAAUUCAUGGUUAUAUAUAUGAAUCAGGAGUGGCUGAAUGCAUUUAGGGGCCUAAGACGAAUUCACUAAGAGAGUUUAUUUUUUCUUUU